AUCACGCCUCCACCUCCGAUUUGCUUCCAUCACGCCUCCCUACGAUCCGAAGCUUCCUUCGCUGAUCUUCACAUACUUCACAUGUUUGGUGCUUGAAGCAAAUUGGUGAUUUGAAUGUGAAAUAUCAAAUGCUUCGUUGUUGGUCAAACGGAUUGACAUCAACAAACAAGUGCUCAAACCACAUCAUUCUAUUGCGAAAACAAAAACGGAAAUACGGAGAAGCAUUUGUGAAACAUGAGUUAGAGAACAAGAACAAAGUCGAAUCUUGUAGACGAAUCAAAUCGCUAACAGGUAUGAAUCAAAGGGCGUCAAACAAACUGUUUACACAAUUUCACAGAGGUUGUAGCUAAUAAAAUCAAGCACAAAUGCUCGUAUGCAAAGUUUGAAAUCAAAGUUACAAAUUGACUCAAGUGGUUUGCGCAUGAUUGGAAUAUGGGGGGUUGGGGGAGGUGGUAAGACUACUCUUGCAUCUUCGAUUUAUGAUGAAAUCUCUAUCAAGUUUGAUGGUUGCUGUUUUGUUCAAAAUAUUCAAGAGGACUCAAGAACGUGUGGUUUAACAAAAUUACAAGAUAAAUUUAUUUAUGGAAAAGAAUGUAAACGGGAGCCCACCAGCAUAAAAAUAUGGUUUAACAAAAUAUGCUUACUCAUUAAUGUCUUUGUCACACAGAAAACAAUCGAGGACGUUAAAUGCUAACGGGAGCCCACCAGCAUAAAAAACCACAUCUUUUGAAAGCAACUCAUAAUCUUCCAUAGGUCUAUAAUCUUCCAAAAGUCUAUAAUCCUGGGGUGCAUGUUUGUGGAAGAGCCUAUCAGCCCCGUUAUCGUCUAACAAGCUAAUAUUGUGUAUAACAUCUACCUUGUGAGCAUAUAAUAAAUGUUCAUCUUUAGUUGUGAUUAUUAUUCGGCUUCCUACAACGAACCAAUCAUGUGAGUCAGCUAACAUUUAGGUUUUGCCAUAGAAAGGGCGAUUGUUUCUGAUGAUGUGGAUCACGUUAACAAUUUAAAAACGUUGGUUGGGUCACGUGAUUGGUUCGGUGAAGGAAGACGAAUAAUAAUCACAACUAGAGAUGAACAUUAAUUAAAUGCUCACAAGGUAGAUGUUAUACACAAUAUUAGUUUGUUAAACGAUGAUGAUGCUAUUAUGCUCUUUCGUAAACAUACCUGAGAAUUAUAGACGUGUGGAAGAUUAUCAGCAGCUUUGAAAAGAUGUUGUUUCUUACGCUAGAUUAUGACAGCUUUCAAAAGAUCUUUCUUACAUUGGUGGGCUCCAGUUAGCACUUACAAUAAUGAAUGGAGGAGUGCAGUAGCCUUUUGUGUAAAAGCUAAGAAUCAACUUUACUUACAAAAAUGAAGGGACGUCAAAGAUACUUGUGGCUUUCACCUUGAUAUUUCAAACAUUUAUUCAAUAAUGGUUGUGACUUUCUCAAAGGUUAUCAAUAGUACUUAACUUGUACUUCUCUGAUUAUAUAGAAACUUCAAAUCUCAA